AUGUCUGCCCUCUCCAAUGGCGUCGAUACCACAGCUUCGUCGUCGAAGAUGCCCUCCACAGCUCCAACAAGUACAGCAGCCACAGCAGCUAGAGGUACCCCAACAACUGGCGCCAUCAACAAUAAUGUCACGAAUCCCUCCUUAAGCACCACGGCGAACGCUACGAACAAAUCCCACGAUAAGACAGCACCGCUCUCCCUUCAAUUGUCAAUAAGGAGCAUCACCAACCCCCAAAAUGGCGGUGCCAACGAUGCGAACACAGCAGCAGCAGCAGACCCGGCCCUCGUGGCCCUCCGCACCGCCUCGUCCUCAUCCGACAUCCGCGCCGCCCUUUCCGCCCUCCACGCCCGCGAAUCGUCCCUAACAACCCGCUUGUCCUCCGUCCUCGCCUCCCACCAGGACCUCGCCCGUUCGCUUUCGCGCCUCGAUAACCUGCGCGCCGGCCUUGGCUCCCAGGUGAUCGCCGCCCGUUCCGUCAGUAAUAACAUGCUAGCGGGAGCCGCCGACACCGCCUCCCACCUGUCCAGCCGCGUACGCCAGCUCGACCUCGAGAAGCAGCGCGUCGAAGAUACCCUGCGCGUGGUGGAGCAAGUGGCGGAGCUAAAAGCGUGCGUGGCGGGUGUGGUGGGCAGCAUGGGCGCCCCGCAGGACUGGGAGGCUGCCGCGGGGUAUAUUGCCAGGGCGGCCCGCGUGCCAGAGGAGAUUGUGCGAAGCGGGUUUGCGGCGGCGGUAGUGCCGACUGUUGAGGUGCCUGAUGCGCCGUGGGUGACGCUGGAGAAUGCCAGGGAGAGCUUGUGCGUGUUAUUCUUGAGGGAGUUUUGGAAAGCGGCGAAGGAGGAUGAUCCGGCGAAGAUUACGCGGUUCUUUAAACUUUUCCCGUUGAUCGGAAGGGGGGAUGUUGGACUGGAUGCGUACGGGCAGUAUGUUUGCCAGGGCGUGGCGGAUAGGGCGAGAGCGAUACUAAAAGAUGGAGUUGGGGCGCUGGGAGGAACUGAUGCCAAUGCUCCGGCGACCCUAAGACCGAAAAAGGAUGGCAUUUUCUAUGCUAAUGCGUUGAAUAUGCUGUUUGGACAUAUCACGCAGAUCGUGGAUGGCCAUGGUGGCUUGGUCGAGAGGCACUAUGGCGGGGGCAAGAUGAUCAAGGUUAUUGAACGGUUGCAGGGCGAAGCAGAUGUGCAGGGCGGCAUCAUCGUGGACUCUUGGAGUGAUGAGCGUGGUGUCGACCGGGCAUUGACAGAUGUGAAGAGCUAUCCGUUCUCGUUUCUUGUGCAGAGCUUCCUGCCACAGAACCGUGGGUUUGGAGCUCCGCCGCGCCUCAACUCUCCUGCUCCUGGCACCGAUGGUCGCAACAGCGAAGAUGAGGGUGUCAGCAUGAGGGAGGUGGAUGCCCUGCUCAGUGAGAUAGCCAUCAUGCUAAGCAGGUGGUCCGCUUACUCCCAGCUUCUUGCCCAGAAGUGCAUGGAGCCUGGCGUUCCAGAAGACGUACCAUUAACCAUGCCCGAGGUGCUCACCAAGUCAAACCUGAGCCGAAAGGUUUCAGGCAAGCUUGUCUUGCCAUACAAUGUUCUAACCACUUUCUUCUUCCGGCGAUCUGUAGAGAAAGCAUUCCAGCUAGACGAAUGGCCGACCGGACUGUCCUUGAGGAUGAGCAAACCCAUCGACAGCAGCCCGCCAUUUAUCAUUUCAGCAGUUGAAGAUGUCAUGUACAUCGCGAACACGGUGAUCAUCAGAUCCAUAUCUACGUCUCAGAGAGGCGUUAUAGACUCUGUUCUCCCUACAAUAUCGAGCUUACUGGGCUCGGACUUGGUCGGCAUGAUUCAGCGCAAGAUGCGUGAUGAGUGCUACCCCAAGCCCGUGAUCCAAGGCGGGUUCCCACCAGAAGACAAAAUCAUUCAAUUCAUUGUGCUCAUCAACAGUCUCGACAUGGCUGAGGAAUAUCUCACCCGCAUUAUCACCGGCAUCCUGACUCCCGGAGAACAAUCAGCCAAUGGCGGUAGCGGCGCUCCCUCGCAGGCCAGCUCCCUCAGGAACUCCUUCCCGUUCAAGAACGACCUCAAAGAAGUGACCACCCGCCUGAACAACCUCCACCACUCAUUCACAGCCAAGGCCACAGAGCUACUAAGCGAAGGCAUCAAGGUCCUCUUCAGCCAAGUCGUCCGCCCUCGUCUGCGUCCCAUUCUCUCCGACACCUUCCGCGACGCCGACUACACCAUGACCGAGGAGGAGCUCCUCGACCUGUGCGCCGCGAACGACGAGAACGAGGACGACGUGCUCGAGCAGGUGACGCGCCGCUUCGAGGAGGGCUGGGAUGCCCUCAUGAAGCCGAUCGCGCGCCUCAUGACCCCCAAGACUUUUAGCACCGUCCUGGACCACACGGCGCAGCACCUGGCGCGCUGGCUGGAGAAGCGCGUGUGGAACUAUGCGGGCUCGCAGACUAGGGGAGCGAGUCCGUAUGGCGCCAUCAGGAUGGAGAGAGAUUUCAGUGGGAUCAUUGGCACCAUAAGCAAGGGCAACUAUGCGGUGCGCGAGGUGUUUGGGCGCACGUUGCAAAUACUGAUGGUGGCGAAUAUGGAGGAUGAGGAGUGGGAGGAGCUGAUUGUUAUGGAUGGGGCGGCGGGUGAGGAUGGGGAGGAUGGCAUGUUGUGGGUGCUUAGUGAGGAUGAGAGGAGGAAGGCGAGGACGAUUGUUCGGGUGGCGUAG